ACAAGUUUCAGAGGUUUGGUAAUCCGCAAGCUUUCCAUCAGUCCUCCAACACACUAGAGAAAUCAGUCGCCAUUGCUCAUAAUCGGAUCUUGAUUUCAUGAUAUGGAGGCGGUCAAUGCACUGAAGUUGACUCCACUUUCCAUUCAUUCUGAUACAAGAAGGAGCAAACCCAGAAAAAUCCAACUUUUCCCUGUGAAGAGUCUUUCUUCUUCAAGUUCCGCAAAGGGUUUAUCAAGAAACGUUAAAGCGACUCUCUUUCUGCUAUCUUCUAUUCUGAACUCCGCCUCAGCUAAAGCACUGACAUACGAGGAAGCACUUGAGCAGUCAAUGAACAGUGUCGGCGCUGACUUCGAUGCAAGUGGGGUUGUGGAAACAGUGACCAAAUUCGCCAGCGACAAUCCGGUGUUUCUAGCCGGCGGCGCGGCAAUCUUAGCGGUCCCCCUUAUAGUAUCACAGAUGCUGACCAAGCCUAAGCCAUGGGGGGUUACGUCAGCAACGUAUGCGUAUACUAAAAUGGCUGAUGAUGCCAAUGCGCAGUUGUUGGACAUAAGACCGCCACGUGAGCUGAGGGGGGUGGGGGCCCCGGAUAUCACGGGGCUGAAGAAGAAGCCGGUGACUGUCAGCUAUAACGGCGAUGACAAGACUCGUUUCUUGAAGAAGCUGUCUUUGAAGUUCAAGGAGCCGGAGAACACCACCUUAUUCGUUCUGGACAAAUUUGAUGUAAGCUCGGAACUGGUUGCUGAGCUAGUGACAGCAAAUGGGUUUAAAGCUGCAUAUGCAAUUAAAGAUGGAGUGGAAGGACCUCAAGGAUGGAUGAACAGUGGUCUCCCAUGGAUACUUCCUAAGAAAACAUUAAGUCUCGAUCUCAUCAGCAACUUUACUGAUGCAUUUGGUGAUGUUCUCGGGGAAGGCGUUGAUGGAGUGACAGCAGGCCUUGGAGUUGCAGCAGCAGCUGGAUUAGGAGUAUUGGCUUUUACAGAGGUAGAAACAAUUCUUCAACUGCUUGGUUCUGCUGCAAUCAUUCAAGUUUUCAGCAAGAAACUCCUGUUUGCAGAGGACAGAAAGCUAACGCUUCAACAAGUAGAUGAGUUCUUAAACACCAAGAUAGCUCCCACAGAGCUUGUAGAUGAGAUUAAGCAAAUAGGGAAGGCACUUCUACCAACACCAGUAAGUACUAGCAAGGCUCUACCCAGUCCUUCUGCCGAGAUAUCAUCCCUUCCAGAGGCUAAUGACAUUAGACCCAAAGACGCAGCGGUAUCAUUCCAGUCGACUCCAGUGUUCAAUUCAGUCCUUAGAGCAGACACACCUACUCCAACUCCAAAACCACUUUCUCCAUAUCCAAACUACCCGGAUUAUAAGCCUCCAUCCUCACCAAUGCCUUCACAACCAUAGAUUGAGUUGUGUAUUGUUGCAGUCUUGCAGAUGAUAAGAGCAGUUUGUUGUUGUUUUUGUUGUUGUUCCCUGAAAUAUCUAAGCAAGUUACUUCUCUUGCUUAUCGAUUCGCCGUUAGAUGGAUAGAAAGAUGAGUUUCAGAUCAUGGAAGCAGGUGUAAAAUGAAAAAAAAAUCCAUUCAAUUCCAACUAGGUGGGCUUGCUACUUGAAGAAUUAUGUCUGAUCUUUGACAUCAUCAUGUACAUGUGUGAAUUAAUGCGGUAACACGAAAUUAUAAAAAAAUAAUUUUGUCAUGAUCCUGCAAACAAGCAACUCAAAUUUAUUUGCAUUUGUUAUUUUACUUUAGUCAAUAAUAUUAUAUCCUUUUAAUUUCAUCUUCAAAUCAUUUCUGUGCGCAGCCUUUUGGCAAGGCCUUGAAUAAAUAAAUGAGUGAAUUUGUUAAAGUUGUUGAAAACUUGAAAUAGCG